CUCCGGUGUGGGAAAGUUGGGAUUUUGCCUAUCUGAGUUCUCAAAGUUCACGAAAAAUAAAAAAACUGGACGGAUCCCUCGCUUGUGAAGUCAAGGUUUACAGAAGAGCCCUAAACAAGACAUGGGGAUAUUAUAUUCGGAGCCCAUUUGCCAGGCCGCUUACGAAGACGACAUCCACCAGGUGUAUCGCCUCCUGGUCUCGGACGCCAGGAAAAUCGACGCUCAAGAUGAAAGUACUGGAGACACUCCACUCAUCGCUGCCUGCAGGAGGGGGAGCGAAAGGCUAGCCAAGUAUCUUCUGGACCAGAAUGCAGACGUGACGAUUCGAAACAAGAAACAGAGGACAUGCUUGCACUACGUCGCACGGAGAACGUUCUCUUUCCUGGACUACCUGAUGAUUGCUAUUCUUAUGCCAAUUCUACUAAUUGGCUACUUGAUAAUGGAGGAAAAGCAAAGAAAGACCACUAAUUUAAUGAAGACGAUUUUGAGCAGUAAAGUGGAUAUUGAUGCUGUAGACAACAAAGGGAACACUGCAAUUCAUUACGCCUGCCAGAGGAGGAGUCACCGGCUCAUGGCUUUGUUGCUGGAGAAAAAUGCAGAUAUUUCCAUAAAAAACAAGGUAGGUUUUUAAUUAUUCUCUCACAUUACUC